CUCCUUCUCUCCCCUCUAUAUAAUACGCAAUUCAAUCGCUCUGAAUUCCAACCGUUUCGGCACACUUGAUCCCAUGGCGAUGUCCAUAAGGCCACCAGCACUGACAUUGGCGAUCCUCGUCAUUUUCGCCACCGUCGCGUACGGCGGAUUGGUCGGGGGGAGGACGGAGAUCGCGGGCGUGAAGACGAACAAGGCGGUGCAGGAGCUAGGGCGGUUCUCGGUGGAGGAGCACAACCGGAGGCUCAAGGAUGAGGAGGAGGUGAAGUUCGUGGAAGUGGUGGAGGCGCAGCAGCAGGUGGUGUCUGGGAUCAAGUACUACUUGAAGAUAUCCGCCACGCAGGCUGACGGAGGUUCCAGAAUGUUCGAUUCCGUUGUGGUGGUCAAGCCGUGGCUCCGUUCCAAGCAGCUUCUCAACUUCGCUCCUUCCGCGCUGUAAGCCGUAAUCGAUUAUGGUUCCGACUAUUGUUAAUCAACUCAUUGUAAUAACAUGCUACGUGCCUUCAUUAGCUUAAUUGUAGUUUGGAAUCACUAAUAAUUGUAAACGGUAAAUCUUGUUGAAUAGAAAAUAUACAAAAUUCUGAUUUAAAUGAGCUAA